UUCAGCUGUCUGUUUUAAAUCCGAAUUUGUUCAAUAUAUGGGUGUAAUAAUUCAGUUUGGCAGUAUUCACAUAACUGGUAGUUGAUCUUAUAACGUAAAUUUGUCAUAUAAACAUAUAAAAUGUAUUAUUUUGGAGUUCUGGUACUAUUAAGCUAUGGUGCAGUAGCUUCUGCGAAAGUGAGUAGCAACUCGGUACUUUGCUUUGAAUGCAGCCCUCAAGUGAAUGCUGGCAAUUGCAUUGAACCAGCAAAAAGUUUAACUCCAAGAAAUUGUUCUAUUCACACUCCCGGAUUUUCUGUUGCUUGCUAUUCCGAGUUUUUAAUCCACAAUAACGUAAGUGGAAAUACGGCAAGGAAUAAUAGAACUGGAAUAUACAGAGGGUGUUAUUCGUAUCACAUUGGGUCCAGGACUGAAUUCGAUUACUGUAGCAAAUUUCCCGGACUAAAUGUUACACGCCAAUAUUGCGAGACUUGCAAUGGUUCUAGGUGUAAUCAUUAUUAUUUUAACAAUGCAGUGGAUGGCGUAAGAGUAGCAACCUCAGGUGUAGGAUUUCCUAAACUAAGAGCUAGAGGAGGAAGUACUAUUGCAUUGAACAACAAUAUUAAUUUUAUCUUAACACUUUCUUUAGGCUUAUUAAUAUCUGAUAUUAUAAUAACCGGUUUGUAUUAAUUAAAUACUAUAGAAAUAUAUACAUAUAUACAAAAACAAAUGUGCUAAAAAUUAAAAAUGAUUGUGAUAAUAAAAUAGGAACUGAGUGAGUGAUUGAAAAUGAAAUACACACGAAAUGACGGACACUUUAAACAAUGUUUAUAAAUUGAAUUUGCUUUGUAGUCGUUUGUUCUAAGAGCAUGAGAAAAGAAUUAUUUUCUCUCAUCUAAAAUAUUAGCAAUUAAACUUCUCAUCGGUUUUUCAUCGUUAAUAUAUUGCCCUGUAUACUAUGCUUGCUCAACUUGGCAUUUAUUUUAUGUUGAUUAUUGGCAAUCAUUGGUACAAUGAUACCUACGUGUAUCUGAUAUAAUAAAUAAAUUAUUCUUUAUAGAUAAAUUCAGAACUUCGUUUCUCAGUAACACAUUUAUGGCUUAAGAAAGCUGUAAAUAGAUUUUGCUUCCAAAUGUA